AGAAAAGGAGAUACCUGAACCAGAGCCAAAACAUUACAACACCAUGAGAAAAGGGUAAAAUGGAGAAUUGGACAACUUUAAAAUGGAAAAAGUUUGAAGCACCCAUCAAUAAAAAAAAGGACAAGAAGAGCAAAAAGUGGAGAGAGUCUUACGUUUCGAGGUCAUAACGCAAUCUGAGUGCUAUUCCUCUCUCUUUCUCUCUCUCUUUGUUCGAGAAAUUAAAGAAAAGGAAGCUCUUUUAUUCAAAGAUCCAAACUUUGAAAUUCAAAAUCCACAUAAGGAUCAGGCGGUGGAAUUCCGACAGGAAAACAAGAUAUGUCAUGUUCAUCCUCAUCGGGAUCAGAUGAAGAUGAGGGUAUCGAUGCUUACCGUAAAGGUGGAUAUCACGCCGUUAGAAUCGGAGACCAGUUUUCCGGUGGCCGUUACAUUGCUCAGAGAAAGCUUGGUUGGGGCCAGUUCUCCACCGUUUGGCUUGCAUAUGAUACUCGCACCUCUAACUAUGUUGCUUUGAAGAUUCAGAAGAGCGCCCAACAAUUUGCUCAAGCUGCACUUCACGAGAUCGAAUUUCUUCAAGCUGCUGCUGAUGGGGAUCCUACAAAUACCAAAUGUGUUGUUCGUCUUAUCGAUGAUUUCAAACACGCAGGUCCCAACGGGCAGCAUUUAUGCAUGGUGCUCGAGUUUCUUGGCGACAGUUUGCUCCGUUUAAUCAAAUAUAACUGUUAUAAAGGGAUGGAGUUGGAUAAAGUGCGGGAGAUAUGCAAAUGUAUACUGACCGGUCUAGACUAUUUGCAUCGUGAACUCGGUAUGAUUCACUCCGACCUAAAACCAGAAAACAUUCUUCUUUGCUCCAGCAUUGACCCUGCCAAGGAUCCCAUCAGAUCCAAACUAACACCAAUACUAGAAAAGCCUGAGGGAAACCAAAACGGUGCACCAACCAUGAAUCUGAUUGAGAAGAAGUUGAAGAGGAGAGCAAGAAGAGCGGUUGCUAAAAUAUCAGGAAGAAGAGUUUCCAUAAUAGGUUUAAGUGAAACACUGACAAAGACCAAGAGAGAUUUGGAUGGGAUUGAUGUGAGAUGCAAAGUUGUAGACUUUGGGAACGCUUGUUGGGAUGAUCAGAAAUUUGCAGAAGAAAUACAAACAAGACAGUACAGAGCUCCUGAAGUAAUACUUCAGUCAGGCUACACUUUCUCUGUUGAUAUGUGGUCUUUCGCUUGCACCGCUUUUGAGCUCGCCACAGGCGAUAUGCUUUUCGCUCCAAAAGAUGGAAAUGGUUACGGAGAAGACGAGGACCACCUUGCUCUUAUGAUGGAACUCUUAGGAAAAAUUCCUCGGAAGAUUGCCAUUGGAGGUGCGAGAUCAAAGGAUUACUUUGACAGACAUGGUGACUUGAAGAGGAUCCGGAGAUUAAAAUAUUGGCCACUCGACCGUUUACUCAUCGAUAAAUACAAGCUUCCUCAAGCAGAAGCACGGGAAUUUGCGGAUUUUCUUUGCCCGAUUCUUGAUUUUGCACCUGAGAAACGACCUACUGCUCAACAGUGCCUUCAACAUCCAUGGCUGAAUCUCAGAACACAGAAUAAUGAAGAUCAUAUAGAAGGUCAGAUGAGUAACUUGCAGAUCAAAAGUUGAAGAAUUGGAACUUUUUUUCCUCUUGUUUUUUGGCUUGCAAAUGAUAUAGAACUUGUCUCUCUCUCUUUUUUUGUUUUAUUCUUUGGUUCAUUGCAGUUUAAAUAAUUUUGAUUGUCUUUAUUCUUUUGAUCUUCUAUUCUUUAUUACUAAAUUUUGGGGCGAUGCCUAACAAUUGCCAGUAUACUUUGGAUCCUACUUGGAAUA